AUUCCGUAUGCGAGCGUCCUUACUAGCAAAUAACGGCGUGGCUUAAGGCUGUUGCAUGAUCUCAUCUUACGCCAACAAAUGGGUCUCUACUCUGUUCGAAGCUGUCACCGCUUGUCAGCAGUCGCGAUGGGAGACGGGUAAACAUCUAUUUAUACUGUUUUGCAUUGACGUGAUUUCAGCUAGUUUUUGUGCAAUAAUGGGGAUCAGAAAAUGCUUAAUUUAUUUUAUGGACAAGGAAAUGUGGUCGUCUUAUCCAGAGAUUUUGACGGAAUCCGCUUUGGUGUUGUGGUUCGCAUGCCAGAUUUGUUUGAAAUUUGGACUGCGCGUUCUCCCUGAAUGGCGAACCAGUCGACUGGAUCCUGACAAUCACAACAACUUCGAUUCUCUCCUCGAACUGUCUGGACAUAAGGUCAACUCUUGCUUCUGGGAAGACGUCAUGUCGGGAUGGACACAACCGCAUCCGGUGGCAGUUCACCGUUCGGCACUGGCUGGAUUGGAUGUACUAGUCCCGACUGCGGCGAGCCGAGCCUUCGCCUAUGUGACCACCUGGAUGACCGUUGCCCUUACGGCCGUCGUCACUGUCUCACUGGUUCUCCUGGUCUGCGUCAAUCGCCGCUGGACAUCUCCGGUAUCAAAGCACCAAAUCUCACACUGCCGUGAGCUUGCGGCGUGGAUCGGAAAGCAUAGUUGGGUUGCCGACGAAUGCACUCCGCCGCUGGACAUCAUGAUCCUCUUAUACGUGGUUGCCUUAGGUGGCCUCUUUUGCCUUCUGUUUACGAACGAUAUGGUCUUUGUCGCCAUACCAGUGGUGGUUGUAGCAUGGCAGACAAUUAGAUCGGCAGGUAUGAUCCUUGGUCCGUCCGCGGUGCAUCCGUGCUGCAGCGCCACCACGGAAAUGUCAAUUUACCAGAUACUCUUGAUGCAUGCGGUAACCAGCGCCUUCAGCUUCUCCGUUUACUAUGGUAUUUGGAUAUUAUGCAGCGCAGUUCCAGUGGUUCUUCUAGCGUGGAUGGCAGUUGUACUGGCCGUCACUGUAUGUGGGACGUCCGCGGUGCUCCCUGGCUGCAUGGUCUUCGUUAUUGUAUUGGCUGUUUAUUGUGCCGGCAGAAUUUGGGGAUUGUGGAUGAAUGAGACCUAUUUUGCACUGAUUAAAAGGAAAAUAAGGCAAAUAAGGCAAUCGCCUGCUGUGGAAUCCAUCAGGAAACAUUUAUCCAACGAUCCAUUACAUAAAAAGGCGUUCGCGGGCACAGACAAGCACCAACGACAAGCGCAGUGGGAAAGGGCAGCUUGCAGCUUUAAGGUGUUUACUCUUGGAUGCUUUGCCGUUUGCUACUAUGUCUGGCCCUUGUGCCAAGGAUUUCCCUUUAUCUUUCGAUGGCAGACCGACACCGGAAGCAGCAACUGGACCUACUGGCGCACCGUUAAUACGACAGGGACCUGCAACAAACACGGAACAACAUUCGAUCAAAACGCCGCCAUGCUGUCUUACUGGGUGGAUCUGCAAUCAGAAGAACUGCAGUCAGCGCAUACCGCCAAUUCGGAUCUGCUGGCCAGCUUCACUCCAUCCUUCUCAUCCGCCGUUGGCUGGAUAUUCCUGGUAUGGUGUGGAGCCUUGUCCGGGCUUAGUCAUGUACCUUUUGAGGCCUUAAUAUGCGUGGAAAAUAUCGUCUUUGUCAUCGCUAUCUUGGUCAUCGGCGGACUCCUCGUUCGUAACGGUGUCCGUGCCUGCUACAAAAAAUGGCGUCGGCGUGUCGUAUCACAGCGAAAGAAAAACGCCGCCGACAGUGAUAAGUCGUGGAACUCGUUAACUGCAGAACUUGUAUCAGAUGAUAUCGAGACAGGAAAUGAGGUUGCUAACCAGGAAAUAUCAAGAAAGGAAGCUAGGCCCGGCGCACGCGUGACUGCUGCGUGCACACAAAAGACUGACACUCCGAAAAACACAGACCUGACAGUAUCCUGCUGCUUGUGUACGAGACUACGUUACUGCAUCUAUGAGGGAGUGAGCAAUGUUUGGUUAUUCUUGCUGACCACCCAUUGCCCGCUAGUCGGCCUGGUGCUUUCGUAUUCCCUGGUCGGGCUGUUCCUGCCUGAACGUUUCCAGCUGCCCGGUCUUCUGCUGCUGUUGACCGCGUACAGUAUUUGGAUGUACCUCUGGUUGGUGAAGUCAGCGCGGCAGAUGCGGAGCGUUGUGCGAUCCGGUCAAAAGGAGCGCAAAGACCGCAGCGUUAGGUUUAGAGACGGCUCUUGGGCUGCCCCGCUCCAGCCUCCUGCAGUAAGAACGCCUUGUAUCCGAUGAUUCAGCUGGCUUCCGGCUGUUGGGUUGUUAAUGCAUUUGCGGCAUCGGGCGCCAUUGUUACUGCCAUAAGGAAGCUGCAAAUAUUUUUUUGGUUGCAAUGGUAUCUAAUCCUUGGCUUUUUUGAUUAAACAUUAGCUUACUUAAUUACCGUAUUUUACGAACUAAAGACUUUUUUUCAUAGGGUCACUGUUUUUUCGUAAGGGUUUGGGGUCUUUAUUUUGGGAGGGGCUUCCAUUAAUCAUGCACGGUUAAUGGACAAGUGUUUUGCAAGAGUUUUAUCCGUCUUAAUAUACCCGCGUAACACUCGAAUGUUCGAUAGAAAAACCUGUGUAUCAUUGCAUUACGCAAACAGCAAAACAUUAACCGGUAUAACGAAAACAAUAAACA